UUCCUGUUAACACAGACCAGCAGCCACAGUAGCUGUACCUGCCGAUGUGGAGUACAUGAUCUAGCAGCAAUCAUCCUGUCUGUACCAUGGAAAAACCUAUCAAAGAAGGGCUGCUCUAUAUUCAGCAUCACAAAUUUGGGAAGAAAUGUUGGAAAAAGACAUACAGUGUCCUGUUCCCUCCCAGUCAGUGUGGCAUUGCCAGGAUUGAGCAGUAUGUCUAUAAGGAUAGUAGCAGCAGUACUAUUCAGAUGGAGAAGCAGAACAGCAAGAAGCUAGAUAAAAAGAUCUUCCGCUUGUCUGACUGCAUCAGCAUUACUCAAGCAUCGGGUGAGAGCUGCCCCAAGGGCAUGUCAGCUUUCUGUUUGAAUACAGUCACCAAAACCUAUCUGUUGGCUUUUCCAGAGGGUGAGGACUGGAUGGAAAAGCUGUGCAAGCUAGCCUUUCAGAAUGUGGAUGAAAAACGAACACAGUCAGCAAACCCAGAUAAGAAAGAAACGUUGAAAAUGGAAGACAACACAAUUUAUACACCAUGGUCUGAAGUCCCUGAAUUCACAGUAACAGCAGAGAACACAGAAGCAUCAUUAAAAUGCAACUUAAAGGGGUGCUAUACUCUAAAAGUACAAAAGGACUGCAUUUCCCUGCAGGACCCCAAAACAAAGAGGAUUAUUUAUAGUUGGCCAUAUGACUUCUUAAGACGUUAUGGCAGAGACAAGGCAUGCUUUUCCUUUGAAGCAGGGAGACGGUGUGAAUCAGGUGAAGGACUGUUUGUCUUCAGCACUACCCAAGUUCUGGAGCUUUUUACAGCCAUUGAGCUAGCAAUCGCCAACCAAAAGGUUGAAUGGAAGGAAAGAAGAAUGCCUAAUAUGGGCUGUGAAACAAAGGUGACUUCCAGAUUCCCCUCAGAUAGCCUCUCGCUUAGUCAGCUGUCUGUGGCCAAUGCAAACGUCUACUCACAGGAUUGUGAAGAUGGCUUUUUGAUGAAGCAACAAGGCAAUUUAGAAAAGCAUGAUGAAAAAUCCCAGCAUGGAAUGGCUCCUGCGAAAAAGGAAAAAUGUAAAGAACUUGAUAGCACACCAAAGAAGAAUCCAAGAAGCCAUACAGAACCUGAACCAGCACACAUCUCAAUUCAGUCAGCAAAGCUGUCAUUAUCAAAGCACCCCUCCUUGUGUAGGCUCACCUGUGUAGACAAUAAAGAUUUUUUGCAUGGAGAAUACGCUGGCAUCACGUAUGGUGCUGAGUCAGGAAUGCUUGCUGAUAUAGGCCAAAGUAGACCAAAACUGAACAGAACAGAUAGUCUUGAUGAGUUGUCUUCAAUUACUGCAAUAUACCCUGGAGAAAAUUUUCCAGAAACUUUAACCAGAAAUUACCCCUUGUACCAGAAUCUUUCAGAGCUUGACCUACACUCUUCAAUGGAGGAGAAGGACUUUCCUUUCACUGAAUUUCAAAUUUCAGAGUGUAUCGGGCAUUCAGAAGAGCAGAAUGAGGCAAAAUACCCUGAUCAGCUUAAAGAUCAGUUUAUGCUUCAUGAAGACAGCAUGCAUCUUCCGUGGUCUAACUCAGGCCUGGACACUGCCCAGAAUGAGUCUCAAAGUAAAGAAACUGAUGGUGAUAGACAGAGGGAAUAUGCUGUAGUAAACUUUAAAAAUCAGAGGAGAGGAGUGCAGUCAGAUAAUAAUCAGACGUUACAGAGUCCUAGGUCAGAGAUUAUCACACAUACCACAUUUCCAGUUAAUUUCAAGCAAACAUUGACAAGCCUGUUUUCAAAGGAACCUGCACUUACAGCUUUCCCCAAAACCACUCGUGACUUUCCAGACACAGAUUAUACCUAAUGUUAAAUUAAAUAUAAUCUCAAAGGCCAUCUUCUGUCUUCCUGUUAGAUUCCAUCAUUACCUGCUUAUGAAAUGUUAAAGAAUUCUGGAGAAAACUGUACUUUUAGUAAUGUAAACCAACCAGCAUUUCUGUUUAAAUGUUUCAAAAUAGGUAUGUGCUGCUGAUUAAGAUCUGCAAUUCAAAAGAUACUGCUCUGGAACUAAAUCCAGUUCAUCUACCCUAUUAGUACUUGGAACAGUUUACCCUUUGGGGGUAUAUGGACAUUUUCUUCUUGUUAGAACUGGAAGGUAUGGCUAGUAAAUAAACUCAGAUCACCGUUUUCAAGACUGUACAUUUAGCCUUUAGUUAUUAUGACCCACUAGCCUACGUUACCUGCCUGACAACUUGUUUUACAUAGGCAUAAGGAUGACUGUUUUUCAGAGUAAUUGUAGCUUGGCUUUUACUGGGUAGCCUCAUUGUUGAUGAGUCAGAGUUGAUGCAGAAACCUGUUUAGAGUCAUUGUAACUAACAUUGCUGCAUCAGAUUGCUUCCUAUUUUCUACUCUAAUGACAUGAAUGGUUAAUGACAAAGCAAUACACAGUCAGCUCUCUUGUUCUGUUCUGCCCAAGCACUUUUAGUUUGCCAGUGUCAACUUUCAAGCUGGUGCAGAAUGACAUUUCUCUUUCUGAUACAUGGCCAGCAAAUAUUCAGAAUUCCACUACCCGUAAUUGUACAAAGUGUUAAGAAAUAAAUAAUUUAAAUGAAAGUAAUUAAGCAUCCAAUUGUUGGUUACUUAUGAGUUGCUCUGGACUUGCUAUUACUGCGUGCAAAAGGCAGAUGAAGAUGAUUUGAACCAGUUGUAUGUACAGGCAGCGAGUGACAGUGAUUGUUAAGAUUAGACAUCACCUAACUUUUGAUCUGCUUCUGUACAGAUUGUGUGACCCCAUCUUUAGGUGGUGUGAGGGGGUGCAGCCCACCACAGCACACAGAGUAGAAUUAACAAAAUCUUGAAACCCUUUGGGGAACGGCAGAGCCAACUCAAGCCACUGUUAGAUGAGUUAUAAUCUCCACAAUUGAUCUGGGGAGGGGGCUGUAUGCAGCAGUAGAAUGGAUGGACUGAAUUGGAAUGGGGCAUAGCUACAUUAGCAUGAAGGUAACCCUAAGGAUAGUAUUUCAGUUUUGUACAAGUAACUGGUCAUAUACCACUGCAUUUGAAUAACCAGCUUAACUCGCUAUCCCCUAAAAGCAGUCUGUAUGCUUAAGUUGAGCAGACCGUGGCCCUGAUCUUUACUGUGAUUGAGUCAGGAGAUGACCUACCCAUUCAAACCAGACUUGCCGUAGUUUUGGUAAUCAUUUCUUCCCUCCACAGCUUGCCUGACAACAACAGAAACUUGUUUAGAAACUCUAGUUACUUGUGCAUACAAUCUUUGUCUAUUUUUGUCACUGAGGGACCCAACCCAGUAAGGAUAAUCCUGAGUACAAAAUAGGCAGGGGUUAGGAAAUUGGAGUGAAUACAAUUUAUAGGAAUACUUGUACCCAUUUGUUUAGGGACUGGUUGAAUACUAGGCCAAACCAGACUCAGUAAAAAAAAAAAGAAA